CACAACCGCAUAUACAGUGCGGAAUUGCGAUGAAAUGAAGAAUAACAACUCGACCUGAAUUUGCUUCCUCAUUUAACACUCGCUCACCUCACACACAGUCAGUUUGCUGAGCAAUUGAUUUGACACAGACCUUGAUUUGACGCCGAUGAAUGACUACUACUUCACCACAAUGGGUAUCCGCUUGAUUGUUCUGUGUAUAAUUGUCGAAGUCUGUCUGCUGAACUCACGACAGAUUUUUGCGUGGAAUGUGGUAUCACGAGUUUCGAGACUGCUGUCGCCCGAGUCUGCCCCAGUGAGGCAUUCGAGCGUCCGUAGCAUACUGGAAUCCAGGCUAGAAUAUGUUACUGGUGAAGUAGACAAAGGAGCAUUCACAUUUGAUCGAAAUGUGAACAAGCAAAGCACGAAUGACACUUGGACUGAGCUUGUGCUUACAAUACAGUGGCCAAAGAGUUUCUGCAUAGAGUAUAAUGACUCGGGUGAGAAAGGAAAAUGCCAAGUCCCUGAAGGGAUUGAUGAUUGGACAAUUCAUGGCUUAUGGCCAUCUAAUCCUGGUCAAAUAGGCCCAGCAUUUUGCAAUAAUACAUGGAAGUUUGACAUCACCAAAAUAUCAGACAUUGAAAAACAGAUGAACACUAGCUGGCCAAAUUGUAUAACAGAUGAGCCUUAUGAUAGCUUGUGGUCACAUGAAUGGGAAAAGCAUGGCACUUGUGCUUCAUCAUUGCCGGCCUUGUAUGGAGAGCAUAAUUACUUUCAACAGACUCUCUCUCUGAGAAAACAAUAUGACAUCAAAGGGAUGCUUGAAGCUAGUGCAGUCGUCCCUUCUGAUACAAAUUGGUAUAUGUACCAAACAAUUAAUAAUGCUGUUAAGGAUGUCAUUGGCACUGAUCCAACACUAACAUGUGUAUAUGAUAAGAAGACGGAGCGUGUGUACUUAUCACAAAUUGAAUUUUGUUUGGACAAAGAUUUCAAGCUCAUUGACUGCAUUGCACCAAACUCAGCACCGAAAUCAAAUCUGCGGGAUGAGAACUGUGAACACGACAAGAAAAUUUACUACCCUAUGUUGAGUUAAGAGGAAGCGUUCAUUGUUUUUCCAUCUCAUAUGUGCCACAUUGGAACAGACCUGUUGUAAGUUUUCUUUGAGUAAUUAAUUCAUAUUCACAAAGGUGUACUAAGUAACCAUUGUUUAAAGCUCUCUACCGUAGUUGAAAUACGGGUUGCCUGGUGUGUCCUAUAUGUGUGUGUACUGAGUUUCGAUUAUGGUAAUGUUUUGUUUCUUGAGUAGGACAACUCUCAUGGAUGAUGACUCCCUCGAGGACUUAAUUCUCAUGUUCUUGUGGGAAGUCGUCCUCUUGGGAAUGUUCUACAACUCACACCUACGUAGUUUGCCUACCAAAGAUACAGAUAAAUCAAGUAUUGACUGUUAGAGAUACAGCUUCCAAUGACAAAAGCUUUAGAUAUUUUAAUCAUGAUUUACGCGAGAAUCAGAAAUCCAUAUUUUUAUAAUUGAUAUUUUGAUCUCAUGUCAAUCAUGUGAGUACGACCUUGGUCUUGUACCCUGAAACUUCUAUAACAGAAUUAUGAUUUGAAAUAUAUUAAUGAAAGCUAUAUCAAAUCAUGAAUUUUAAUAAUCGAAUGAACCAGGCUGAUGAAAAUUAUUGUACAACUUUGUAUUUAUAAUAUUGAAUGAUAAUAGGCUUUUGAGAAAUGGUACUAAUGAUGUAAGGUUCGAUGCGAUAAUCAAACCUUCUUUUCUGAAUGUUUGGUGUACAUGCACAAGUAGGUAUGUGCAGGAGGAAAUACAAUGACUCCAGUUAUAUAAGCUAUAACAAAGCUUAGUCAUCAUCAUGUAGCAGUUUAUUAUUUCCUUGUCCUUCAUUUUUUGUAAACUUGGUGAUGGUAUUUUAUAUUUAUUUCCCAUGUAUAAAAGUAUUUAACCCUCCUCAAGUUUCAUGUCUUGUUCGCAUUCUUA